GGACGGCGGGACACGCUUCAUAGUGUAGGCUCCGUAGUCCGUAUUUAUUUUAAACCAUAAUUAUUUUUACCGAAAAAUACACAGGAAUAUUAUUAAUUUGAGUUUUCCUCCAAAUUGUAAAUUAGUCAAGAAACAAUACCAAGAUGAGUACUAUAUUAGAAAAAAUUGCUGGGAUAGAGGCUGAGAUGGCUAGAACCCAGAAAAAUAAAGCCACAGCUCUUCAUUUGGGUAUUUUAAAAGCUAGAUUAGCUAAACUAAGACGUGAAUUGAUCACCCCAAAAGGUGGUGCUAGUGCAACUGGAGAGGGGUUUGAUGUUGCCAAAACUGGUGAUGCUCGUAUUGGUUUUGUGGGUUUUCCGUCAGUGGGAAAAUCAACAUUAUUGUCCAACUUGGCUGGUGUGUAUUCUGAAGUAGCAGCAUAUGAGUUCACCACUUUAACAACAGUUCCUGGUUGUAUUAAAUAUAAGGGGGCAAAAAUACAGCUUCUUGACUUGCCUGGUAUUAUUGAAGGUGCUAAGGAUGGUAAAGGUCGUGGUCGGCAAGUAAUUGCUGUUGCCCGUACAUGCAGUCUCGUAUUCAUUGUUCUAGAUGUAUUAAAACCGCUACAACACAAAAAGCUGUUAGAACAUGAGUUAGAAGGUUUUGGGCUGCGGUUAAACAAGCAACCACCUAAUAUAUACUUUAGAAAGAAAGACAAAGGUGGCAUCAAUUUGAAUUCUACUUGCCCUCAAACUGAGUUAGACAUGGAAGCUGUAAAGACAAUACUCUCUGAAUAUAAAAUACACAAUGCUGAUAUUACACUAAGGUAUGAUGCGACUAGUGAUGAUCUUAUUGAUGUCAUUGAAGGAAAUAGAAUUUAUGUGCCCUGUAUCUACUUGUUGAAUAAAAUUGAUCAGAUCAGUAUAGAGGAAUUGGAUGUUAUCUACAAGAUACCCCAUUGUGUGCCUAUUUCCGCUCAUCACAGAUGGAACUUUGAUGAUUUAUUGGAGAAAAUGUGGGAAUAUUUGAAACUGAUUAGGAUAUAUACAAAACCCAAGGGCCAGUUGCCGGAUUACAACUCACCCGUUGUGUUGCAUGCUGAUAGAACAAGUGUUGAAGAUUUUUGUAAUAAACUCCAUAGGUCUAUUGUGAAAGAAUUUAAAUAUGCCCUGGUAUGGGGUUCUUCGGUGAAGCAUCAGCCGCAGAAAGUUGGUAUUGAACAUGUGUUGGCUGAUGAAGAUGUUGUUCAAAUUGUGAAGAAAGUGUAAUUACAGAAUUACAUGAUGGUGCUAAGACUGAUGUAUGCCAGUGUAUCAAUAACUAGUUCCCUUCAUUCAUAAAACUUGAUCAGUUCAAUCUGUACUGUGUACUCUUUCGUCUCUUUCUAUCAAAUUCUGUUAACGCUGAGACAAAACGAGACAGUUGAAUAUGUAUGUGAAUAAUUUACUGAAUAUGAUAAAACAUUUUUUUAUGAAUAAUGGAGGUAAAAAAUAUGACAAUUCUAUGAAUAAAUAUUUUUAAGAUCUAUGCAUGCCUGUAUUGGUACUUUAUUUGUAAAAUUCAAAAUGAAAUAAUUACAUAUUGGUAUAGUAACAUAAAUUCAAUUAGGUUUUCAUUGAUCAAAAAAAAAAAUGCAUUCUAUCAAACUCAAAAUGUCUCAGACUGUAACUGACACUAAACACAAUUAUUAAGGUUUAAAAAACUUGUCUAUUAAAACUUAUAUGCAUAUAAAUCAUUUAAUUGACAACCUCAAUGCAAAUUUAUCAUACAGUGCCACAUACUUUUUAUGGCCGGUAAGUAUCACUGUCGUAUUAGCAGUCUUACAGGCUAAUUUAAUUAUUGAUCGAAAUGUCUUAAAGCAAUGUAUACUAUAAUAUAUAUUUUAUUAAAUGUUUCUGGACAGUAUAGUGUUGGCUGUAAGGAUGUGUGUAUUUCUGAAAUAAAUAAAAUAAUAAGAACUGAUAUUCUAGGUUCUGUUACCUCAAAAUGAAACCAAUUAAAAACCAAUCAAAAUACUAUAGUACUAUAUACUAACUGUAUUUACAAUUUUACGGUUUAAAUGCAACCGCCGGCCAAGAAAAGUAUGUGGCAAUGGCAUUUGUAUACUUUCGUUUAGUUCCAAAUACGCCCACAGAGCGCUGUUUUUUUUAUAUAACUCGUCGAUUAUAAUAUGUAUUGCAAUAAUUGAUUAUAUGUUUCUUCGGUUUAUAUUAGUAAAUUAUUAAAGAAAUAUAUAAGUAAUGCUAAAUUUAAUAAUUAUUGUACAUCAGAAUUAGCACCUAUAAAACGCGACAUAUUGAAAGUUUCUUUAAACAAAUUCGUAAUAAAUAAGAGAAAAAUAUAACUGUAAGUUUUACAUAAAAAAGCAAUUUGUAAAAUAAUUAUGUGAAACUAUCUAGAAGUUGCAUGAAAUCAAGCAGUUGACUUUUAUUUUUGUGAACUUAAAGUUACAUUAAAUAAGCAACCCCUGUAAGUGUUAUAAGGAUUGUUAUUUGUAAUAAAAUUAUUUAAACAUA